AUGAAAGUCAGCAAGCUUGGUCUCGAAGGCGAUGAGCAUGAUCCAACGUUUCAUGGUGGCCCAGACAAGGCCAUUCUUGGAUACUGUUCCUCUCAUUAUCUCGCCUGGCAAGCAUCAUAUCCAGAACAACAAGAUCGCUUUGUGCCAGGCGGAUUCGGUGAGAACUUUGUGACCGCCAAGAUGAACGAACGCAACGUCUGCAUCGGCGAUAUAAUCUCUGUCGGUCCCGAGGUUCUACUGCAGGUCUCUCUACCCCGUCAGCCAUGCUUCAAACUGAACCACCGGUUCUCACUCAAGAACUUUGCGCCUGUUACAUACCAGACGAGCCGCACCGGCUGGUACUACCGUGUGCUACGUGAAGGGUUCGUCAGCGUUGGAGAUGAAUUGAGGCUCGUGGAACGUCAAUGGCCCAAGUGGACUGUUGAGCGGGUGCAGGAGUACUUGCAUCGCAACACGGACAAUCUUGAAAUGAAUGAGGAGUUGUCGACUUUGGAAGUCUUGGGUCAGGAGAGCAGAGGGCAGUUCCUGAAGAGGGUUUCCAGGGCGAGGAGAAAGAACAGGAAAGAUUCUUGGAAGGAAUACAGGAUCAUCAGCCGCAAGAUGGAGACUGCCAGAGUGGUUUCACUCGUUUUGCAAGCUGUUACUCCCGAUUCCGAGGCGGAGAAGUUUGUUCCUGGAUCUCAUGCACGACUGAAGCUCCCGAAUGGACUGAUACGAUCCUAUUCGAUAGUGUCCACGGCAGACAAAAAAGACAAAACGAACGUGGGGAACCUGUUUGAACUGGGCGUUGCUCUCGACGACAAAAGCCGCGGAGGCUCCCGGUAUCUACACGACCACGCUCAGCUAGGAAACGUUAUCCAGGUCGGCAGAAUCACAAGCGAUGUCGUCCCAGCCAAAUCAGCAAGCACACACGUCUUCAUUGCAGGGGGGAUAGGUAUCACUGCAUUCAUGGACCUGCUGAAGAGAUAUCACACGAUCCAUUGGGCGCUAAAGCUGCACUAUGCUAUGCGUUCAGUCGAAGAGUUUCCAUAUCGGGAUCGCUUAGAGGUUCUAGGUGAUGAUGUGGUCGUAUAUGAUGGGAGCAAGGGGGAGAGGAUGGACAUUGAAGCGAUUGUCAAGGCACUCCCCUGGAACAGCCACCUUUACGUGUGCGGGCCAACCAGGAUGAUGGUGUCUGCCAAAGAGGCGGUCCAGAAACACGGGAUUCUCGCAAACGAGGCUCACUUUGAGCGAUUUGCGGCUGAGGUGUCGGGAGAUGCAUUCGAGGUGCAGGUGGUCAACCGGGGCGACAAGCUAUUCCGAGUGGACAGGGAGGAGAGCCUGCUGGAGGUGCUCCGCAGAGAGUUUGACAAUGUCCCAUCGUCCUGCGAGGUUGGUAACUGCGGCACUUGCAAGGUGAAGGUUGAAAGCGGGCGCGUGGAACACCGGGGGACGGCACUUUCGGAAGAGGAGAGAAGGAGAGGGAUGCUCGCGUGUAGCUUCAAUGACCCCAGGAAAGAGUUCGUGAGAGCGGGGUAUACCUUCACUUUGGGAAUUGGCCAAGGCUGGGCCGGUGAAGCAUGUUGA